AUGGCAGGACCACCACCCAAUCCAAACACCGUCUCCAAUCUACUCUCAACACAUCGAGCCCUUGUCGACACACUCACGUCCUUUUUAACCGUCACAACCCACCACAUUUUGUACCUACGACGCCUCUACCCACCAGUGUCAUUCCUCUCCGCCCGGGCCUAUAACUACCCGGUACGUCAGAGCCGCCACCCCGCCGUCUGCGGCUGGAUCAAGGACGCGGUGGCAGCUAUUCGCGACCAGCUCGAGAAGAACACGGUCGAGAAAGUAUCGCUGUGUAUCUACGAAUGCGAUGAGAACCGCGUCCUGGAACGAUGGACUUUCGACCUGCGAUCUUUUCCCAGCGUCGCCAAACGCGACCGUGACGUCCCGUUCGAAUCAUCGUCCAAUAAUGUCAACGAUGCAGACCACCCCCUCGCCAGGAGAGUCAAUCUUGCAGAUCUCGAAGCCAACUUCAGAGCGACCUUGUCCCGCAUCAGCACUUCUGCUGCCAAGUUGACACCCUUACCCGAAGGUCCUGCAGCCCCAGAAUGCAGCUUCACCUUGACGAUCGAAGUCAAGGACAAAGCCGACCGGCCCGUCGGACGUCUCGAGAAGGAAGAACGCAAAUGGAUAGCCUCCGAACCGGAACCAUUCGAUCGAAACACAAACAAUCCAACUGGCGAAACCUCAUCCUCGAACCCGCUCAAUCAGAGUAACUCAGAAAACCCCGACCCCAACUCGAAGACCCAUGCAAUCCGGCGCCUAGAAGCAGGUGAGCUACGCAUGGAAGUGUGGGUCGAAGAAUCCGCCGCCAAAUUCUCCUACCAGCCAUCAUCAUCGCCAUUGUCGUCCUUUUCCUCCCAACGACCCCCAGCUUCAGACCCAGCACAGCGGCGUGCCAAAAUGUCCUACGGCGCGGGCACCGAGAAGUUCAAUCCGGAAAACGCGAUGUACCAGUAUGACGUGGAGCCGGCGGACAUCAACAGGAAGCCGCAGAGCGGAGCGAUGACAGAUUACCAACGUGGAUGA